UGCAGGUGGCGGCGGUAGUGGUGGCUAUAUGGGCUCUGGGGUUGGAGGUGUAGGAUUCUAUAUGGGUGGACCUUCACCGAUUGACCGUAGACCUUAUAAUGCUGCCUCCAUUCCUAAGCCUUUCUAUGGUGGAUAUCGGGAUGAUAACUACAAUAGACGAUCGGACCGACGUGACGAUUUUCGUGGCGGUAAGCGUGGUCAGCCGAAAGGUCGUAGUCCGGAGAAACGUUACCAUGACAGUCCGUCAGCCCAGCGUAAAGACCUCAGACCUUAUGGGAAACGUCAGUCAUCCUUUGCACGCUAUGAAGUGAAGAUUCCGAAAAGUCUGUUCAAUGUAUCAUCGUCAUCACUACCUGAUCUUCGACAUCGCUACCCUCGUCUCAAUAUAUCUGCAGACUUCUACGAAUGCACAUCCUCAUGGGUGGAUUCAUUCCCCAUGCACAAGCCGUUUGAACUAGGAAGUGGGACUGAUUACCAUGUUUUCCAUCGGGACGUUGAUCCUCCCACUCAGCCCGACUCCGCUCUCCUGGUUCCUCCUGACGCCGACUAUUCCUACUCAGCUAGGGUUAUGCUAAUGGCAUGCCCACAACUCGGUGAGUUAUAUAAGAAUACUUGUCGUAUGGCCGACGAUGCUAGUGGAGCUGACAAGGUUCUUCCCGACAAGAGUAUACACUUCUUGGUCGGUGGUCGUGCGAAAAGUGAGACUAUGGCCCUUGGUGGACCCUGGUCACCAAGCCUAGACGGACCCGAUCCGCUGGGAGAUCCAAGGACACUUAUCAACACAGCUAUCCGGACGUUCAAAGGCUUGACUGGAUUAGACUUGUCCUCUUGCACCGAAUGGGUCAGGUUCAUGGAGCUCAAGUAUUAUCGUAUGCCUGACACCAAAGCCCCAGCUUUCACAGAAGCUGAGGAAGAAAGAGAUAUCACGUCAGAGCGUCCCGAGGUUGUGGUGUUCUUCAUACCUAACGCAGCUCAUCUACUUCCAUCAGAAGAACAGUGGGCUAAAACCAAGGAAUACUACAACUCUAUACUACAGAAACUGUUGACCGAUGAAAAGGCUGAGCAGGAUGGAGUGCCUGAGCAGGCAGAUGGAGAGGCAAGCGUUGCAGAUGCGAGUAUGGAUGAACCUGAAGAGUCGGGCACACGCUCAGAUAUGGAGCCAACCCACUAUUCGAAACUCGAUGUAAAUACCUUGAAGGUUAAUGACUUGCGUAACGAACUGGCGGCUAGGAAGUUGGAUACUAAGGGCCUUAAAGUUAAUCUAGUGGCCCGCUUACAGAGUGCUCUGGAUGAGGAGAAGAAAGCAGAUGCCCCGGAAGAUUUACAGGUUGAUGAGGAGUCCAAAGCCGAACAGACUCCGAAUAAGACCGCUUCGCCGUCUGCGACGCAAUCAAAGGAUGAUUCAAAGGAUCUCUCUGAAAAAGAACGCCGGCGUCUGGAACGCCUCUACCGUCUUGGUGAUAAGCCAGCCAUCGUAAUCCAUCCAAACAAGUCCGCUAAGGGAGGUCGUUUCGACUGCCAUCGUGUUUCUUUGUUCUCUCUCCUCGACUAUCGUACCGAAGACCAAAAAGAGCACAACUUUGAAGUGUCCCUGUUCGCUGAACAGUUCCAUGAAAUGCUCCAGCGAGAUGCAGCCUUCACAAUAUUCAAGGCGAUUCACGAUGCGCCUGAGAAGGAAAUUAAACCUGAACAAGAUGGAAAGUACGACGAUAUUCUGCGUAACGUAGAUGUAUUUAGGUCACAAUUAUUAAUUAGUUGA